AUGUGGAGCUCCGACUCCGAGGCCGAUCUCGCCGCCGCCGCCGCCAUGACCACCACCACCGCAUCUUCGUCCCCGUCCUCCACCUCGUCCUCCUCUUCCUCCCCGUCCGCCUCGCCGCCGCCCCCGCCCCAGCAGCCGCAGCAGCAGCCCCGGCGCCGCCGCACCCGCCGGUCGCGCCGCCAGAACACCAACAACACCGCGGGGGCGGAGGCGACAGAGGACGUGUGGCGCGGGGCGCAGUGGGAGUCGGCGUGGCCGCGGCGCGCGAGCCCCGUGGUGGUCGUGGCUGCCGAGGAGACGUCCGCGGCGGCCGGCGGCGGCUCCUCUUCGCCUUCCGGCGAGGGCAUGGGCCGCGCGAGGAGUUUGACGGACGACGACCUGGAGGAGCUCAAGGGGUGCGUGGAUCUGGGGUUCGGCUUCAGCUACGACGAGAUCCCCGAGCUCUGCGGCACGCUCCCGGCCCUCGAGCUCUGCUACUCCAUGAGACAGCGCUUCAACCUCGACGACCACCACCACCACCAGGAGACCCCCGCGCCGCCGUCGCCGUCGCCGCCCAUCGCCAACUGGAAGAUCUCCAGCCCCGGCGACAGCCCGGAGGAGGUGAAGGCGCGGCUCAAGUACUGGGCGCAGGCCGUGGCCUGCACCGUCAGGCUCUGCAGCUGAACCAAACCCGAUCACAUCAAGAACCAUGCCAAGAACUCAAGAACAACAAGAGCGACCAGAGGCUAGCUUCUUCUUCGCGAUCCAUCUCUUGGCAUUACUGCAUUGCCGCUGUCCAUUCUGGUCGAAGCAGGUUUUCCGAUGACAUUACGAAAGAGCACAUCGUGGUGGAUGGAUCUUGCUGACUGCUGGCUAUAGCUGUGCCUGUACAGUUGGAGGAUGGAUGUGGAGUAGCUGGAUGGUAUCGUAUCGGUUGGGAAUAAUGGUGUUAGUUACCCCUUGCUUACUUGCUCUGCUCAUCAGUGCCAGCUACAGAGCUUGUACUCAAUCUCCAUAAACUAAUGUGAUCCUAAUAAUAAUGUAGUGCUAGUUGGGAAGAUCAUCAAAUGUGAACCUAUAAAUAAAUCGGAUUCGGCCGCCUGUUUAUUUAUUUUUAUGCUAAUCAUUGAUACCCGCCGCUUGCUGUAUUUA